GCCACCAGGCCAAUACUGACCUUUAAAAUCGGCCUUGAUCGCAUCUUCUGCACACUAUUCUUCUUUUCUAUCAUCAUGUCCGUCAAGCCCACCGACCCCUGGAACGCCUGCCUCAACACUCCCCUCGAGAAGGAGGAUCAGGAAGUCUUCAACAUCAUUGAGAACGAGAAGCUUAGAGAGUGGUCUGGACUUGAGUUGAUUGCCUCCGAGAACCUUACCUCCCAAGCUGUCAUCGAAGCUAACGGAUCCCCUCUCACCAACAAGUACUCUGAGGGUCUCCCUGGUGCUCGUUACUACGGUGGUAACGAGUUCAUUGAUGAACUUGAGCUUUUGUGCCGCAAGCGCGCCCUUGCUGCCUUCAACCUUAACCCUGAGCAGUGGGGUGUCAACGUCCAGCCUUACUCUGGAUCUACCGCCAACUUCGCCGCCCUUACCGCUCUUAUCCAGCCCCAGGAUCGUCUUAUGGGUCUCGACUUGCCUUCCGGUGGACACUUGACUCACGGAUACCAGACCAACAAGAAGAAGAUCUCUUCUUCUUCCAUCUACUUCCAGUCGAUGCCCUACCAGGUCGACCAGACCACUGGUCUCAUUGACUACCAGCGUCUUGAAGAGAACGCUGCAUUGUUCCGUCCUAAGCUUUUGAUUUGCGGUGCCUCUGCCUACCCUGCUGAGUGGGAUUAUGCUCGUAUGCGCAAGAUUGCUGACCAGCACGGUGCCUACUUGAUGUGUGAUAUGGCUCACAUCUCCGGUCUCAUUGCCGGUGAGCAGGCUCUCUCUCCCUUCGACUUCUGCGACGUUGUUACUACCACUACUCACAAGACUCUCCGUGGUCCUCGCGCUGGUCUCAUCUUCUUCCGUCGCGACAAGAACGACGAUCUUGAGAACCGUGUUAACAUGGCUGUCUUCCCUUCAUGCCAGGGUGGUCCCCACAACAACACCAUUGCUGCCAUUGCUGUCGCUCUCAAGCAGGCCGCUUCCCCAGAAUUCAAGGCUUACGCUAAGCAGGUUCGUGCUAACGCCAAGAAGCUCGGUGAGGUUUUGGUUGGUCACGGUUAUAAGCUCGCGACUGGUGGAACUGUCAACCAUCUUGUUCUCUGGGAUCUUAAGCCCCAGAAGUUGACCGGUUCUAAGGUUGAGCGUAUCUGCGAUAUGGUCCACAUCACCAUCAACAAGAACUCCAUUGCCGGUGACAAGAGUGCUGUCACUCCCGGUGGUGUCCGUCUCGGUUCCUCCGCUCUUACCUCCCGUUCUUUCAAGGAAGAGGAUAUGGUUAAGGUCGGUGACCUUCUCCACAGAGCUGUCCAGAUUGCUCUCAAGGUCCAGGAACAGUGUGGCUCAAAGAUGAUGAAGGACUUUGUUGCUGCUCUUGACGGUAACCAGGAGAUUGCUCAGCUCAAGAAGGAAGUCAUGGAGUUUGCUCGUUCCUUCCCUAUGCCCGGCUUUGACCCCAAGACCAUCAAGUCUACCGCCACUCUUUAAAGUCAUAAAAAAAAAGAAGUUUAGAUUUUAUUAUAUAAAACAAAACAAAACAAAACAAAAAUAUCAGCAAAUGAAAAAAAAACCCCACAUCCACCAUAUUUCCCCCGUUAUAUUGUUAUAGCCAAGCUACUUUAGACUGUAGUCUAGAAUAACCACACUUUAGCCUUUAGUAAGCUUGCGUUCAACACGCUCUCUCGCCUGUAAAAAGUUCAACACGUUUUUGUAAAAAGAAACAAUAAAAAUCAUUAGUAAACGUGAAAAAAAAAGG